AUGUCAAAAGAUAUAGAGAAUAAAGAUGACCAAAAGGAAUUGGUACUACAACAUAUAAAUAAUGUUCUACAAGAGUUACACAGACACAACGUUGAACUAACAAAACUUAAAAGUGAAUUAGAAUCUAUAUUAAAGCUAAAAAAUCACAUUCUAAACAAAAUCAUAAAGGACGACAAAAACAAAAAAAUAAAUAAACAACUAGAAAUUCGAAAAGAAAGAAAAAAAAGAAAAAGUUAUUAUAAUUGUAAUAAGACAGUAUUGAUAUGUUUGGGAUUCUUAAUUGCUAUUAUAGGUAUAAUAAUCUUCUCACCAUAA